AGCAUGCUUGCAAUCGCUGUGGCAUAUGCUUAGUCUCCCCGAAAAGUGCCAUAGGCCCAAGUUUGAAAAUCCCGUUGAGAUCCAUUUCGUAUGCAUGUAUUCGUAUGCUUGAAAUUCGACGUGGCAGUCUUAUCAGCACUGUUAGAAUAUGCAACAGCUGUUUAUUAAAAGAAGCAGAUUCUGGCGUCUAUAGUUCUGCAUUUAUAUAGGCAAUUAUGGUGCAGAAUAGAAUUAUAUGAAUACAUUUCAAUGGCAUUACUUUGAUUACCCUUAAACAUCUAUAUAAGUAGCGUUGGGUGGUAUGGUAUAGAUCUGAGCCUAUUCAUUUCCUUCGAGUUAAGUCCAAGGUAGUUUCUCUACAGGUCGGAGGGCGUGAAUCAACAUGGCGGCCCCAAGGCUAGUCCUGUUUACCGUUGUUAUGGCUAUCGUCGUCGUGGCUUUGGCCAAUGCGGCACCAGGAAAGAAGAAACUGAACGCUAAACACCCUGUCGUUACGAAGAUUGACAGUCCAAGUAAGAAGGAAACCGUCAUCAAAGGAGGGAAAGCACCAAUAGACCUCAUGAAAAAGCUUAACAAGAUGUCAAAGAAACCGACAUCGCUGAAACUUAGACUAAAGGGGAAGACACCUAAGACGAAGAAGGGUGUGAAGAAGGCUGCAGAUAAAGCAAUAAUAAAGAAGGCCUAUAAAAAGAAGAAGGACCUUGAUAAAAUUGUAAUGAAGGCGAGGAAAACGCUGUGGAAAUCAUUGAAGUCAGGAUCCCCGAAAACGAUCAAGAUAGCUAAAAAGAAAGCUAAAAAAGCAAGAGAAGGCAGGAAAAAGCAGUAAAAGUAAAGGUUGCUCUGUUGUGACGGGAAGUUCUUUGGAGAGAAUGCAUCCCCCGAAUAACUGUUAAACGUCACCCAUAGCUUCGACUUUGAAUGCGAUGGAAAGAUUCCCUUAGGGUACAUGUAACUUGACAUGUGUGACAGUACAUUUUAGCCCCGCAAAUUAGGAAUAGUCUGGCUUAAUUGAAGAAUCCCAUGUCGGCAACCGUCGUACUGCCGAGCAGUUGCCCCGAACAUUCCCGAGCAUAAAUUAUGACACGCGAAGUUUGCCGAUUGCCUCAUGACUAACUGACUCGAGAGAAGCAUCGCCGCACUAAAUAUUUAGAGUCUAGACGUUAACUUCAUAUAAAUGAACUGAUUCCAAGAGAACCUGGCGAUUCUGUGAGCCGGAAACUUGAACAUGGAAAAUGUUGCCAAAUUUGUUCAACAGAAUUUGUAUCCAUUUUGGUCGCCGUUUAAACUUAAUAUCAACAGUUAACUGUUAAAGUUUCAUUUCUAAAUUUGGGGUGAUGUUUUUUGUUUGUGCGCACACAACUUUAACUGCAUGCUUGAUAUGUACAUUCAAUGCAAAUUUAGAAAUAGGCAGUGCAAAUGCAAUUUGAGGAUUGCCCAAUACAUCAACAAAUAUCUCAUUGGGUUGCUUCAAGGUCAUAAUCUGAUUUUGAACUUCAUGUAUCGGAUUCAGAGAAUAAAGCUUCGAAAUCA